UCGUGCUCGAGCCGCAGUGAGCGCGCGCAAGAGGAAGGAAGAAAAACGCCUGCACGCUGGCAAACGGGGUCACGAACUAUGACCUUUCACUGGAGUAAAACAAAAACAAACAAUGUCAAAUAAACCCGACAACUAAAAAACGACACGUAUCAUUAUUACAGAUGCUUUUAUCUGAAGUGACAUACAAAUGAGGAAUGGAGGUCAUUCAUCCAGGUUGCAUUAACCUGAUAACAGCUGCAAUACACUAAAGUCAACAGAUGAAGACAAAGAAAAAGCACACUGGCGGAGCUGAUCUUUGCAAAUGUCUUACUGGCUUUUGUCCAAUUAGACAACACUAAUGACUUCACAUAGUCAUGACAACCAAUAUGGAGUUGGUGGCUCAGCAAAUAUUGACCACUGAGCAGGCUGGAGAGGUACAGUCAUCUUCAUCAGACAGCUCAGUGAUGAGCUCCUCUCCUCAGCGUAUUCAGAUCAUCUCAACUGACCCCGCUGUCACCAGCCCUCAAAGAAUACAGAUUGUGACAGACCAGCAGACAGGCCAGAAGAUUCAGAUAGUGACUGCGCUGGACUCCAAUGUUUCCAAACAGCAGUUUAUCCUGGCGUCACCUGAUGGCUCUGGUGCAGGCAAAGUCCUCCUGGCAUCACCUGAGAGCACUAGUGCCAAACAGCUCAUCUUUACCACUGCAGACAGUCUGAUGCCCAGCCGGAUUCAGUUUGUUGAUGCAGUGUCAGUAGAGAGACUUCUGGGUAAAGGAGGAGCACAGCCUGUAGAAUACUGUGUGGUGUGUGGAGAUAAAGCCUCAGGGCGACACUAUGGUGCGGUGAGCUGUGAAGGAUGUAAAGGUUUUUUUAAGAGAAGUGUGCGCAAGAGUUUGACCUACAGCUGUCGCAGUAGCCAGGACUGUGUCGUCAACAAACACCAUCGCAACCGUUGCCAAUUCUGCAGACUCAAGAAAUGUCUGGAGAUGGGCAUGAAGAUGGAGUCUGUACAGAGUGAGCGAAAACCUAUUGACCUUCCCAGAGAAAAGCCUGCCAACUGUGCUGCGUCCACAGAGAAAAUCUACAUCAGAAAAGACCUAAGGAGUCCUCUUAUCGCAACACCCACCUUCAUCACUGACAAGGACUCCUCACGGACUGGACUGUUGGAUUCUGGGAUGCUGGUCAAUAUCCAACAACCUUUAAUUCAGGCUGAUGGCACAUUACUAUUAGCUACAGACAAAACAGAGUCAGGACAGAGUGAUUUAGGAACAUUGGCCAACGUGGUUACUUCACUAGCCAAUCUAAAUGAUGCUCUUAAUAAUGGAGACACCACAGACAGCCAAAUGGAGGACUCGCCCAGUGAGAUCACACGUGCCUUUGAUACGUUGGCUAAGGCUCUGAACCCCAGUGAAGUGAUGGAGACUCAGAGUCUAUCAGAUGUGGAUGGGGUCGGUGGAUCUACAAUACAAGUGAUCAGCAGAGAUCGCAUUACACCUCUAAUAGAAGUUGAGGGACCCCUGCUUACAGACACACACGUCAGCUUCAGGUUGACAAUGCCAAGCCCAAUGCCAGAGUACCUGAAUGUGCAUUAUAUCUGUGAGUCUGCAUCACGCCUGCUUUUUCUCUCCAUGCACUGGGCGCGGUCUAUCCCAGCAUUCCUUGCUCUCGGGCAGGAGUGUAACACAGCCCUGGUACGAGCGUGUUGGAAUGAGCUGUUCACUCUGGGAUUGGCGCAGUGCGCUCAAAUAAUGAGUCUGUCUACCAUCCUCGCCGCCAUCGUCAAUCACCUACAGUCCAGCAUACAGGACGUAGACAAGCUAUCAAGUGAGCGUAUUAAACUGGUCAUGGAGCACAUAUGGAAGCUACAAGAGUUCUGCAACAGCAUGGCAAAGCUGGAGACCGAUGGAUAUGAGUAUGCUUACCUGAAAGCCAUUGCCCUCUUCAGUCCAGAUCAUCCGGGUUUAAACAGCUGUAGUCAGAUUGAGAAGUUUCAGGAGAAAGCACAGAUGGAGCUCCAUGAUUAUGUCCAGAAGACUUACCCUGAUGACACAUACAGGUUGGCACGACUACUGUUGCGUUUACCAGCACUUCGACUGAUGAGCUCCAGUAUAACAGAGGAACUUUUCUUCACUGGACUUAUCGGCAAUGUACCGAUCGACAGUAUCAUCCCAUAUAUUCUCAAAAUGGAGACUGCAGACUACAACAGCCAAAUCACAGGCCCCUCUGUGUGACCACACAUCUCAUUUGAACCCUUUUCCCAAUAUACCCUGAUCCUGACAAAUUGACGGAUUGACGUUGUAUUGGACCGACCAACAAGCUCUACCUCAAGAGGAGCUGCAAAAGCGAAUGCCACUUUUUAUGUGAGCGCUACUAUAGACUUCUUGUGUUACCGGGGACAGACGUAGGUCUCUUUCCUUUUUACUUUUAUUAAGAAAAAAAAAACUUGAGCACUUCAUUAAAUGAUUCCAGUAGGAGCUAUCCAUUCUUCAGAACUCUCCAAGAUGUUUUUUAUUAACUUAAGUAUUUACAGCAAUGGACUGUAUGAUCUUUUAACUCACAAGAUGUGAACCAGGUCAUUUUUGACACAAAUAAAAAAAGUAAUUAUGUUUAACAUAAAAAAAAUGAAGAUAAUUAUAAUGUGUGGAAGUAAACGUUUUGUGAGUUUCACUCAAAUACAUAAAAUUCUAUAGGUCAAUCUCAUGAAAAAUCAAUCAAAUGUUCGACCUUAUUCUGCCUAUUCUUAAGUCGAGUUGUAAUUUAUUGAAUAAAAUUUUAAAUUAAUUAUAAAAAAGGUCACGUUUUUGAUAUGACUUGUAUCCUUAUUAUAUGACUUAUGUCUGUCACUGCUUGUGGGGAUGGUGUGUAUUGUCACAGGUUGUUAUUUUUCUGUACUGUAUCACCUCUGCACUCAUGACAAUCAUAAACAACAUUGCACUUAACCUCAACAUCUGCUUUUAUUUUAAUGGGUUAAUUAAAAAAAUAACUGUCACAAAAUUACAUGUUUCAUAUGUAACUAAAACACAGCAAUUUGAUGCUGUUUAGUAUGAAGGUUUUUAUGUAGCGGCUGCAAAUAGAUCAGCGGUUUUUAGGUCAAUUUAUUGUGUAUUAAACAUCAAAUCAAAUAACAAUAUCCCAUUUUUUAAGGUAAUGUUUGAGUGAUAUUUAAGUAUUAAAAUUCAUCUGUUUGUUUGUAUGGAUAUUGACUUGAAAGACAUCAGAUCUUACAGAUGUUUGCCUUGUCAUCGUUUAUGGUUUAUGCAGCUACAGCAUGUAGCAUAAAGGUAAUUCAUUUCUGUUAACUGUUGGCCAUCAUUAGCCACAUUGUAUUUGUUUUCAAACUGAAUAUAAAAUAAUAUUCCAUUUCUGAACAUCAUUAUUCCAUUUCCUUUAAAAAUAUUAUCACCAGCUGUAAAUCAAGGUCUAAGAUACUGUAUAUCCAGAAUAAGCAUAUCUGUUAUGAGAGCAUUCUUGGCUGAAAAGUACGACAUAUUUUCAGUAUGUGUCAUUUUAAUCAUCUUUAGCACUUCAAUUUCAGUUUGUUUGUUUUAAUGCCUUAUUCAAUUGUAUAUAGCAGUUUGUCUUGGACAGAUUGUUUUAGAGGUUUUUGGCAGACACCAGUGUGAUUGUAAUCAUAAGUGGUCAUGCAAAUAUUGACAUUUCUCAAUAUCAGGCUUGUUUUUCAUAAAAAUUGCUUGAAUUAUUUAAUAGUUCAAUUGUGCUCCACAGUUCUUACUUGUGUUCUUCUGUUUUCUAACGUAUCUAUAAUAUAAGGUUUGUUGAUUAUAUUUAAACGGGACAGUAAAUCAAUAACUGAUGUAUGGACAGAUAUUUAAGGAUUUUCUAGCAUUAAUGCUUAACAAUCUUUCUUGCGUGCUCUCAUUUAAAAAAAAACAACAACACUUUUGUAUUUACCCCCUUACGAACACAUUUUAAUUUUCUAUGGUUUUAACACAGGCAGGCUGGUGUACGUUAUAAGAUGCCUAAUGUUUUUGUUUUCAACCUGUCAGAGAUGGUUUUUAUAGGUGUUGUAAUGCCAUGUGAUAAGAUUUGUUGUAUGUGUAUUUUCAUACGAGUGCAUAUAAUUGUUUUCCUCCAUUUUUAUCUGUCUGUGCAACCCAGAAAAAUUGUGCAUGAACUAGCUUAUGCAUUUUGUUAAAUGCAAUACACAUGCAGAUUUUAAAUAUUGUGGCUUGAGCAAGAAAAUAUACAUAUAUGCACAGAUGUAUACACUGUGUGUGUAUGAAUGACACCAGACCGAAGCAAAAAAAAUUAUAAUAGCAGUACAUUUCUGGUAUUGAUCCUGUUGUGUAUCUUGUGGAGCAAGCAAUGACCUCAGUGUGUAGUAAAUUAAAGCGUUUUUUUUUUAUUAUU